CGGGCGGAGCGCCGAGAUGAGCCUGGCGGAGGGCCGCGCCCCGCGGCGCACGGCCGGCAAUCGCCUCUCGGGGCUGCUGCAGGCCGAGGAGGAGGACGAGUUCUACCAGACCACCUACGGCGGCUUCAACGAGGAGUCCGGCGAUGACGAGUACCGCGGCGAUCACUCCGACAGCGAUGACGAGGUUGACUCUGACUUCGACAUCGACGAGGGCGACGAGCCGGGCUCGGAGCAGGACGAGGCCGAGCCCCGCCGGCGGCGCCGCGUGCUCACCAAGGCCUACCGGGAGCCGCUCAAGAGCCUGCGGGCCAAGAAGGCCGAGGGGCCGCGGGGAGGCGCCCAGCGCGGCCGGGAGGUGAAGGCCGCGCCCCUGGAGCUGCAGGAGGACGGGGGAGACAGCAGGAAGCACAUGCGGCAGUCCACCACGGAGCACACCCGGCAGACGUUCCUGCGGCUCCAGGAGCGCCAGGUGCAGUCCAAGAGGAAGAAGGGAGGGACGAGCUACGAGCGGCCCCUGACGCAGGAGGAGCUGCUGGAGGAGGCCAAGAUCACCGAGGAGAUCAACCUGCGCUCCUUGGAGAACUACGAGCGGCUGGAGGCGGACAAGAAGAAGCAGGUGCAGAAGAAGAGGAAGAUCGUGGGCCCCGUGAUCCGCUACUGGUCGCUGACCAUGCCGCUGCUGCCCGAGCCCGGCCGCGAUGACCCCGUGGACGUCGAGGGGCUGGACCCCGAGGCGCAGCCGCCGUCGCCGGCCAAGUGCUCGCGCACGUUCAUCUCCUUCAGCGACGACGCCACCUUCGAGCGCUGCUUCCCGCGGGCGCGGGCGCCGCGGCUGCCGGUGCGGGAGCUGUGCCCGGUGACGCACAAGCCCGCGCUCUACCGCGACCCCAUCACCGACAUCCCCUACGCCAACGCCCGCGCCUUCCGCAUCAUCCGCGAGGCCUACCGCAAGUACGUGACGGCGCACGGGCUGCCCAGCGCCGCCGCCGCCGCCGUGGGCACGGCCGGAGGGGCCGGGGAUGGCACCGGGGCGCGGCCCGGGCGGCAGAAAAUCGUCAUCAAACAGAGCGUGCCCAGUGCUUGACACCACGGAUAUGGGGUUUGGGGUUUGGGGUUUGGGAGAGUCCUUUCCAGAACAGCAGAAAAUCGUCAUCAAACAGAGCGUCCCCAGUGCCUGAUCUAUCCUGAUACCAUAGAUUUGGGAUUUUGGGGUGUUCUUCGUAAAAUGGCAGAAAAUCGCCAUCAAACAGAGCGUGCCCAGUGCCUGACAGCUGGGGUUUGGAAUCUGGGGUUUGGGGUGUUGGGGUGUUCUUCCUGAAACGGCAGAAAAUCGUCAUCAAACAGAGCGUGCCCAGUGCCUGAUCUAUCCUGAUACCAUAGAUUUGGGAUUUGGGGUUUGGGGUGUUCUUCCUAAAACGGCAGAAAAUCGUCAUCAAACAGAGCGUGCCCAGCGCCUGAUCUAUCCUGAUACCAUAGAUUUGGGAUUUUGGGGUGUUGGGGUGUUCUUCGUAAAAUGGCAGAAAAUCGUCGUCAAACAGAGCGUGCCCAGCGCCUGAGAUUUGGGGUUUGGGGUGUCAGGUUGUUUGGAUUGACAGCUGUCGUGGUUUUGUUGAGGGGCUCCUUUCCCAAGUGUCAGCAGUGCCUGAAAUCCCAGGAUUUGGGAUUUGGGGAUUUGGGGUCACCCGUUUGAGUGAUGAUUUUUUUGGGGGGUCAUUGUUCACCAGGGGUGUUGGAUGAGGGAAUAAAGUUGAUUUGGGGGUUGGUCUGCGUGGGGUGGUGGGAGCCCCUUUUUCCAGGAGUUCCUACAAUAAAUAAAGAAGUUUGCAGAA